CCGCGCGUCCGCGGCCCGCCGCAGCCCCAGGCCCCGAGGGAGCGGCGGGGCCGGCGCCAUGGCCGAGCGGGGCCGCCUCGGCCUCCCCGGCGCGCCCGGCGCGCUCAACACGCCGGUGCCCAUGAACCUGUUCGCCACCUGGGAGGUGGACGGCUCCAGCCCCAGCUGCGUGCCCAGGUUGUGCAGCCUGACCCUGAAGAAGCUGGUGGUCUUCAAGGAGCUGGAGAAGGAGCUCAUCUCGGUGGUGAUCGCUGUCAAGAUGCAGGGCUCCAAGCGGAUCCUGCGGUCCCACGAGAUUGUGCUGCCCCCCAGCGGGCAAGUGGAGACAGACCUGGCCCUGACCUUCUCCCUGCAGUAUCCUCACUUCCUGAAGAGAGAAGGCAACAAGCUUCAGAUCAUGCUGCAGCGCAGAAAGCGGUACAAGAACCGGACCAUCCUGGGCUAUAAGACUCUGGCCGCGGGCUCCGUCAGCAUGGCCGAGGUGAUGCAGCACCCCGCGGAGGGCGGCCAGGUGCUCAGCCUGUGCAGCAGCAUCAAGGAGGCCCCCGUCAAGGUGGCCGAGAUCUGGAUCGUGUCCCUGUCCAGCCAGCCCAUCGACCACGAGGACAGCGCCAUGCAGGCCGGCCCCAAGGCCAAGUCCGCGGAUAACUAUUCCGAGGAGGAGUACGAGAGCUUCUCCUCCGAGCAGGAGGCCAGCGACGAUGCCGUGCAGGGGCAGGACCUGGACGAGGACGACUUCGACAUGGGGAAGCCGAAGAAGCAGCGGCGACCGAUAGUAAGAACGACGUCCAUGACCAGGCAACAAAACUUCAAACAGAAAGUCGUGGCGCUGCUGCGGAGGUUCAAGGUGUCGGACGAGGUCCUGGACUCGGAGCAGGACCCUGCGGAGCACGUCCCCGAGGCAGAGGAGGACCUGGACCUUCUGUACGACACGCUGGACAUGGAGAACCCCAGCGACAGCGGCCCCGACAUGGAGGACGACGACAGCGUCCUCAGCACCCCCAAACCGAAGCUCAGGCCCUACUUCGAAGGCCUGUCGCACUCCAGCUCGCAGACGGAGAUCGGGAGCAUUCACAGCGCCCGGAGCCACAGGGAGCCCCCCAGCCCGGCUGACGUGCCUGAGAAGACGCGGUCCCUGGGAGGCAAGCGGCCGAGUGACAGCGUCUCCGACACAGUGGCCCUCGGUGCGUCGGCCCCGCGGGAGCCGUCAGGGCAGCCCGAGGACAGCCCCGAGGCAGAGCCCUCCACCCUGGACGUGUUCACCGAGAAGCUGCCGCCCAGCGGGAGGAUCACCAAGACAGAGUCCCUGGUCAUCCCCUCCACCAGGUCCGAGGGGAAGCAGGCCGGCCGCCGCGGCCGGAGCACGUCCCUGAAGGAGCGGCAGCCGGCACGGCCCCAGAGCGAGCGGGCCAACAGCCUGGACAACGAGCGCUGCCCGGACUCGCGGAGCCAGCUGCAGAUCCCCAGGAAGACCGUGUACGACCAGCUGAACCACAUCCUGGUCUCCGACGACCAGCUUCCCGAGAACAUCAUCCUGGUCAACACCGCCGACUGGCAGGGGCAGUUCCUCUCGGACGUGCUGCAGAGGCACACGCUGCCCGUGGUGUGCACCUGCUCCGCCGCCGACGUGCAGGCCGCGUUCAGCACCAUCGUGUCCCGGAUACAGCGAUACUGCAACUGCAACUCGCAGCCCCCGACGCCCGUGAAGAUCGCCGUGGCGGGGGCGCAGCACUACCUCAGCGCCGUCCUGCGGCUCUUCGUGGAGCAGCUGUCGCACAAGACCCCCGACUGGCUCGGCUACAUGCGCUUCCUCGUCAUCCCGCUGGGCUCCCACCCCGUGGCGAGGUACCUGGGCUCCGUGGACUACCGCUACAACAACUUCUUCCAGGACCUGGCCUGGAGAGACCUGUUCAACAAGCUGGAGGCCCAGAGUGCUGCACAGGACACGCCGGACAUCGUGUCACGCAUCACCCAGUACAUCGCAGGGGCCAACUGUGCACACCAGCUCCCCAUCGCUGAGGCCAUGCUGACCUACAAGCAGAAGAGCCCUGACGAAGAGUCUUCGCAGAAGUUCAUUCCUUUCGUCGGGGUUGUGAAGGUUGGAAUUGUGGAGCCAUCCUCGGCCACGUCAGGAGACUCGGACGAUGCAGCCCCCUCGGGUCCUGGUGUGCUGUCCUCCACCCCACCGUCCACAUCUCCCGCGGCCAAGGAGGCCUCCCCCACCCCGCCCUCGUCCCCGUCGGUGAGCGGGGGCCUGUCCUCCCCCAGCCAGGGUGUCGGUGCCGAGCUGAUGGGGCUGCAGGUGGACUACUGGACGGCCGCACAGCCCGCAGACAGGAAGAGAGACGCCGAGAAGAAGGACCUGCCCACGGCCAAAAGCACACUCAAGUGCACCUUCCGGUCCCUCCAGGUCAGCCGGCUGCCCAGCAGUGGCGAGGCCGCGGCCACGCCCACCAUGUCCAUGACCGUGGUCACCAAGGAGAAGAACAAGAAGGUGAUGUUUCUGCCCAAGAAGACAAAGGACAAGGACGUGGAGUCCAAAAGCCAGUGCAUCGAGGGCAUCAGCCGCUUGAUAUGCACGGCCAAGCACCAGCAGAACAUGCUACGGGUCCUCAUCGAUGGUGUGGAGUGCAGCGACGUCAAGUUCUUCCAGCUGGCCGCCCAGUGGUCCUCCCACGUGAAGCACUUCCCCAUCUGCAUCUUCGGACACUCCAAGGCCACCGUCUAGCUCCGCCCACCGAGGGGCCAGCGCAAGACGGCCGAGGGGCCCACGUUCGGCCCCGAGGUGGCCACUGCACCAGGAGGGCCCAGCUGCGUUUCUGCUAACAUUUCAGUUUACAACAGAGACAAACACUUAAAACACAAAGACAAACAGUCUCAAGUCUGAAUGUGCUCACAACCUGGAAACUAACGGGGAGCUCCCUGCCGGGAGCCGAGUGACCGCUCUGCUUGUUAACCAGAAAGCUCCAGCGGGGGGCCGGGAGGCCAGACGGACAGUGCCGAGCUUGAGAGCUGCGGCAGGUGUUCUGGCCUCAAGAGCCACCAGAGCCUCACCAGCCUGGGGGGUCUUGCCUGUGUGUCCUGCACUUCCUGGAAGCCAAGACACUGCUUCCUCAGGGAGCCCGGCUCAGGCAAGGCCCCGGAGCUUGGUGGCCAGAUGCCAAGGAGCCCAGGGCCCACUCAGUCCCCUGGUGGGGGACGUCCUGAGUGAGCCUUGGAGGCCAGUCAGCCCGGCCCUGGGCCCCAGGCCCCUGCCCGCCUGAGAGACGCCCCCAGCACCGCCCACUCGUGGUUCCCAAUAAACUCCAGCCUCGUGGCGGAGGUUUUAUAG